GAAGAAGAAGGAGAAGAAAAAAAAAGGGUAAGAAAGAAAGGAAGGGAAGAAAAGGAAAGGAAUCCGUGGUUCCAGGCUUGCACUCCAAUCAUCAUUAGCCCAAUCGUUGAGGCAAAGUUAUCAUAUGCUUUUGGUCUUUCUCCGUAUAGACUCACUCCCACUCUUACUCUGAUUCUGCCCACAGCCCACUGACUCACAUGCUGCCUUCUGUGGGCUCCAAUUCGCAACCCCACAUGUGGGGGGCACGCGCCACCAGGGGGUGUGGGGUGGAGGGAAUGGGGUGAAGGGUGAAGGGUGAAGGGUGAAGGGUGAAGGGUGAAGUGAAUGCGUUGGCAAAGUGUGAGAAAGAGAGAGUGAAACGGAGUUGACGUUAAACAACCUCUCUCUUCUCUCUCUUCUCCUCCACCUCCACUUCCAGCUCUCUUUAAUUCCCUCUCUCCUCUAAAUUUGAAUAUUUUCAGUUACAACGUUUGUUUCUCAUGGGUGUUGUUUGUGUGUCCCACUUUCUCUCUCUAACCUUAACCUUUCUCCCUCCAAAAUUUCCCACCUAUAUUAACUUCCAAGAUUAGAUUCACGGACUAUUUCACACUUUAACUCCCUCUCUUUGUAUGGGGUUGGGCUUUUGACUCUCCUUUCCUUCUGUUAUAUAUAUGUAUAUAUAGACGCCUACUCACCUCCCCCACCUUGCUUCCUCCAACCCCAUCUCUCGAUUUUCUCUGUUUCACAUCAACUUCUCCCUCUGGUGGUGGUGGAGGAAGAUGGAAGCUCAAGACGAAUACGCUCAUAUUGUUAAGGGAAAGCGCACCAAGCGUCUCAGGCCCCACUCUCCCCUCCCUUUUCCCAUCCCUACUAAUUCUUCCACCGCUGAGGGAGGUGAUAGCAGUGGUGGCGAUGAUUCUAAUCUUAUGCAUAUCAUCACCAACUCCAAUUCCGCCUCAUCUCCUGCCAAUUCCUUUGACUUGUUUCAACAAGACAGCUCCGAGGAGGAUGAGGACUUGGCCAAUUGCCUGAUUCUCCUGGCUCAAGGUCAAUCACGGGAGGAAUCCAAGGUGGAAGACGGAGGUGGAAGUGUGGCAGCCGCCGCCACUGCCACGGCAAAGGCGGGUUUCUACGCCUAUGAGUGCAAGACUUGCAACCGGACUUUCCCGUCGUUCCAGGCGCUGGGAGGGCACAGGGCGAGUCACAAGAAGCCCAAGGCGUUCAUGGAAGAGAAAAAGAUUUUCGGGUUUUUGGAGGAGGAAGAAUCGCAGUUGAAGCCUCUCACACUACAAUUGAGCAGCAGAGCUUUUAACAGCAGCAGCAGCAAGUCAAGGAUCCACGAGUGCUCCAUCUGCGGGGCGGAGUUCACGUCGGGGCAGGCCUUGGGAGGGCACAUGAGGCGGCACAGAGCCCCCAUCCCCAUCCCCUCCACCAACACAACCCUCUCCCUAAACCCACUCCCUGGCUGCUUGGAGCCUGAGCAAGCCAAGAGGCCAAGAACUCUACUCUCACUGGAUUUGGAUCUCAACCUUCCAGCUCCGGAGGACGACCACAACCAUCCUCGGGAACCCAAAUUCUCCUUCACGCCCAAGCAGCAACAACAACAACAACAGCAGCAGCAGCAGCAGCAGCAACAGCCAUCACCUCUCAUGUUCCCGGCCCCCACUUUGGUGGAUUGUCAUUACUAAAAAGAAAGCUUCAAACACUUCUAGUCUCCCCCCAAACUCAUCAAGGCCUAACCCAUCUGUAUUAAUCUUUUACUUCAUUGUUUAAUUGUUUUUAAAUUAUGGAUUCUUUUUCAUUCUUUUGAUCAUC